GCCGCCGCCAUAGCCGCUCCCCGGGCAACGAAGGAGGAGAAACCGGCGAAGCACUCUCUCUCUCUCUCUCUUCCCCCACUGUUUCUCUCUGUCCGACGCUUCCCAAGUGUCCGCGUUGCGGCGGCGACGUUUUAACCUAUAUAUUCCGGGCUGGAAUUUCACCAGCGUGACUCGUCGUCUCGCACGCGCGCGAACCGGGCGAGCCACCCGGUGCUUCUCCGACGUGCUUUGGUGACGUGUGAUAGGGAACCUAGACACGCCGUUUCCAGCGUGCCUUGAUCGUGACGAGAUCGUCGACGAUGACGAUGAUGAUGACGAUGAGAGAGCGUGCGGGAGCAACGUGGUGAACGCGGCAUGUCCGAGUUCUCUCGUCGGCAACAACGAUAACAACGUUCGGGACACUUCGUCGGGUUCUAUUAAAGUGGACGGUUCAGGAGUGCCGGAUAAGGCCGGACGAAGUUGCUCCAAGAAUCCGGACGGUUAGAGCGGACGAAAGAGCUUGGUGGGACUUUCUGGAAAUUUGCGUCUCUCGACGCAAUAAUUCGCGUGAGAUCGAAAUAACGCGGAUACUCGACCGGAGUAGGGUAUAUGGUGAUGAAUUUUUGAAAAAUUCGUGCGAGCCUAGUGGAAUUAUCGGCGUUCGGCCAAGAGUCUGGCAUAUAGUGUGAUGACGAUGAACGGCGAGCCGUGAACUUGAGGGAUGCUAGAAAUUUUGUGCGCCAUAUCAGUGAGAGUAUAUUCGCUGCCUGUCAUCGCGAAUGUCAUCGCACAAACGCGAUUCACGUAUGAUUCGUCAUAUCUACAUCAACGACGCUGUUGGUCGAGCGAUUAUCGUUAAAAUCCUGAACCAAGAGCGAUUAAAAGAGACCGUCUGGCAUGCAAAUUCGCGAAUGCAACGACGAAUAUGGUUACGUAGUCGGUCGCGACGUGCGACCUAACUGAAUUUCGACCCGAUGAUGACGUAAAUGCAAAUACCAGGGUGACAGAUACAGUUUAUCCGUGAGGCUCUUUAAUCGAAACAUUAACACGAACAAAUGUCAUCGUUAAACGCACGUCAAUCUUACGUUUACCCGAGAGGCUGACGAUGAUUCUUAAAGCGCUAUCACCUUUACGCUGACGUUUGCGCGAACGAAAAAAUUCGAGAGCGAGAAAAAAAUACGUAAUCAAGGUCACUUUAGACUAGAUCGAAUUUGUGUGCGUUUCCUAUGUAAGAAAAAAUGUCCCUCGCGAAUCGCGCGAUGAUCAUAAUUGUGCGAUUGCCCGAUCGAGAUACGUUGCAUAAUAAAACUAUGCGUCUCACGAGGCAUCUUAGAAAGUGGGCUCUGGUCGGAAGAAGGGUUCGUAGUCAAUAACGUAUAUACCGUCGAGUGUCCACAGACGGAAGUACGCACGAUAUUCGCCGGAGAAUUUAAUUAAGCGAGCCAAACACCCGGAAUACCUACGAGCCGACCGCAAAAAUUCUCGUCCCAGUAGUAAAGUCGACUGUAUGGUCAGACGUCAUCGCGCGAACGUCACGAGUGGAUCGCAUAACUCGAAAGUUAAAAGGGGAAAAAAAGGAGCGAGGAGACAGAAAAACCUUGAACAUUUAUAUAUAUAAAAUUUUGCGAAAGAGAAAAAAACGUUUCUCAUUUUUUGUCUUACAAGAAAGAAGGGAGCGAUUUCUGCCAUCUCGAUGCGAUCGAACUCGAAGGUGCAACAUUAAUCGUCAUAUGCGUCAUAUGCAGCGAAAUCGGGGGAAAAUCAUAGGAGGACCGCUGGCACGUGCAUGGCAUUAAGCGAACCGCAAGCAAACAAUUGAUCGCGAUAAUUCGAUUGCCGGUGCAUCUGACGCCUCAAGUUCCGGCUUUCGCCUGUCCGAUAUAUCGUAUAUACGGGGCGUGCAUAAUCGCGGCUCAUUAAACGUUACGAGCACGAACAGUCGACCAUUUCAUCGCGCCGCUUUGUUCACGGACGAUGUAACGACGUGGCGGCACCUCUACGAGAGGGAGAGACACGUGGUGGCCCUGACAAUUCUUUACGAACGAGCCGAUACGCCGGAAAAAAAUCGCGAUUUUGCCGAUUUAAUCUCUCAGCUUGUGGAUAAGACGUCUUUCGCGAAUCGAACGCGAAACGGAAUUUCGCCGCGAGUCUAGCCAUUGCAUAUUAUUAUUAUUAUUAUUAUUAUUAUAUGUAGAUUUGCCGCGAAAGUGUCAUACUGUGACGAAACCGUAGUGCCGUUUAUCGCGUUUUCCUCGACGAACUCGAACGCAUCUAGCGAUCUCGAUCUCGCGAUGCGUCCGUGGAGUCCCAACGAUGUGAUGAAGGCGGACGAUGUGCGGAAGCAAGAAUAGAUACCAGAUCGCGCUGUGCAUCGUGCUUCGAGAACGAGUCUGUCGACGGAUCGGACGAAGAAUAUCGCGUGCAUCGGCGAGUGUGGUUGAAAGGCGAGACGCAGCAGCAGCGCAGCAGUAGCACAUGAGACGGGUGUCAUCGCUCGAGACACUUGUUGCACGUCGACGCGUCCCUUAAAGAGGGUUUGUCGGUGUCAAUAUCGGGGCCACCGGGGCGUUCUUCGGCCUCGAGAAAGAAAAGGGAGCAAACGCGUCGAAGUGUGCGAGGAAGAGCGUGCGCGACGUCAUCGAAUCGGUGAAUCGCAAGGGUGAUUCCGCGGCAUGUCGCUCGACGAAAGGAUGAUCGCGGAUGGUCACGUGGCGAGCGACGUCUCAUCGCGGUGUCUCGCGCGCUUGUCGAUCACCGUUCGCAAAAAGUGCGCCGCCCGAAACGCCACCCUCGGUGAUCGUUAGCGCGAUCACUUCCCCGAGCGGAAGCGACGCGCCCGGCGAGAAGAGUCACGUGGCAUGCCGCCGAUCGUCGCGCGAUCAUCCCCCACGGUGAUCUGCCGACGGGAUCGUUGGCGCUUACGAACGCUCAAGCGACACGAUUAACGAUCGCGAGGGUAACGCCGGAAGCGGGCUACCGGAAGCGGAGCGUCAUUGGCGUGUGAAUCGCGCGCCGUAUCGUACCGGGAAUCAAGAGAGAGCGAACAUGUGCUACGCUCGGUGACACCGGUCGUGGUUGUGCGCGGCGUUAUACCGUUAGCGGUAAACGUAGCCAGCGAGAGAAAGAGAGAGCAGAACUGUCACUUCGCGCGGCGGCUAUCACCACGUGGUGGAUAUCCCCGGGCGUGUACUGGGGCGGUUUUGGCUAGGGACAAGAGGAGACGAAGACCGGAAGGCUGGAUCACCUUCGUGGAAUGUCUUCGGGCGCCAAGCGGCUGGUGCAGUCGCUUAGGGGCCGGAGUGGGGGUGGCAGGGGCACCGGCGGGGGUCGUGCCGACGCCGGUGCUGGGGAUGACAGUGGCGUCGGCGUCGGGGGGCCCAGCACGAGCGCGACGAGGCUAUUCCACUACGACAGCGGUCACGAGCUUGACGAGAUCUCGGUGAUCGGAGGAAACGUCAGAGGUAACGAAGGGCUGACGACGCCCACCACGCCGUGCCACUGCAGAAGCAUCAAGUACGGCAGCGGGCAGACGCUUUGUAGUAUCGGCGGAUUGCCCCCUGUUCCACCCUUACCCGCGCACAGAGCACAGUCCGGCGUCAUCAGUGGCGGUGUGAGACAUCGUCUGAGCGUCGGCUCCGCGUCCGCCCUGAGCUGCGGAGGCGAGAAAUAUAUUAGGGGCGGAAGGACCGGCGACGGCCGAGCCGGAGGUGGCGGCAGGGAGAAAGAGGAUGACACCAAGAGCGCGGAGAACGUGUCCAGGGGAGUUUUACCCUCGAGGCAGAGCCUCUUGGACCUCGUCAGCGGUAAAUUCAUGGGCCGACACACACCCACCCACCACUACUACCAUCAGCAGCAGCAGCAGGUAUAUUCUGUGUCACAGCGAUACUUCAGUUCGUCACGUGACUCGCUUCAGGGAGGAUACGUGAACCGGGGUGCGAGCGAGCUCGAUCUGAGCCGCAAGUCGAGAAGAAGGGACCACCUGAGGGGCAGAUUCAAACUGCCGUAUACAGUUGCGCUCACCGCAACGCCUUCGCGUGACCAAUCGCACCUGCACACACCGGCGUCGGUCAAUCAUCUCAGCAACAGCAGCUGCAACGGCACCGAAACAAGGUACACGGCGCAGCAACAGCAACAACAACGUGGUAGUAGAGGCUAUCCCGGGCAACCUGGAUCGAGGAAUUUUCGCACGGGCGCGCCAAACUGGUCCUUCAUCUUCGAUCCUGCGGGACGCCUCUGUUACUAUUGGUCGAUGGUGGUUUCCCUUGCCUUUCUUUACAACUUCUGGGUGAUCAUCUAUAGAUUUGCCUUCCAGGAGAUCAAUGGAGACACUCGUUGGGUGUGGUUUUGCCUGGACUACUUCUCGGAUUUUUUAUACGUGCUCGACAUAAUAUUUCACAUUCGAACGGGAUACUUGGAAGACGGUGUGCUGCAAACCGACGCCACGAAAUUGAGAAACCAUUACACGAACAGCACCACGUUUUACAUAGACAUCCUGUGCCUGCUGCCCCUCGACUUUUUAUACUUAUCUAUAGGAUUUAACAGUAUGCUGCGAAGUUUUAGACUCGUAAAAAUUUACCGGUUCUGGGCGUUCAUGGACAGGACCGAGCGACACACAAACUACCCGAAUUUGUUUCGCUCCACCUCCUUGAUACAUUAUUUACUGGUGAUCUUUCACUGGAACGGAUGCCUCUAUCACAUUAUUCAUAAGAACAACGGCUUCGGCAGUAAGAACUGGGUAUUCAGCGACUCCGAGACGGCGGACGUUGUCAAGCAAUAUCUGCAGAGCUACUACUGGUGUACUCUUGCCCUAACGACCAUCGGUGAUCUGCCCAAACCGAGAAGUAAGGGCGAAUACCUCUUUGUGAUUUGUCAGCUGUUCUUCGGUCUGCUGUUAUUCGCAACGGUGCUGGGUCACGUCGCAAACAUCGUCACUUCCGUCAGCGCGGCGCGGAAGGAGUUUCAGGCGAAGCUGGACGGCGUGAAGACGUACAUGAGGAUGAGGAGAGUGCCGAACCAUUUGCAGGUGAAAGUUAUCAAAUGGUUCGAUUAUCUGUGGCUGACGCAGAAAUGCUCCGACGAGGAGAAAGCAGUGAGUUGUCUUCCAGAUAAGCUGAAGGCAGAAAUCGCGAUAAACGUGCACCUGGACACGCUGAGGAGGGUCGAGAUCUUCCAGAACACGGAGGCUGGUUUCCUGUGCGAGCUGGUGCUGCGACUACGGCCCGUUCUCUUCUCACCCGGCGACUACAUCUGCCGCAAAGGUGAGGUGGGAAAGGAGAUGUACAUAGUGAAUAGGGGCCGACUGCAGGUGGUGGCCGACAACGGGAAGACGGUGCUCGCCACCCUUAAGGCGGGUUCCUACUUCGGGGAGAUCAGCAUUCUCAAUAUGGGGACCGCAGGUAACCGGCGAACAGCCAGCGUGCGCUCGGUCGGCUACUCGGACCUCUUCGUCCUCAGCAAGAAGGAUAUGUGGGACGUGCUCAAGGAGUAUCCGGCAGCCAGGGUACGUCUAGAAGCCAUCGCUGUCAAGAGGCUGGAGAAGUACAAGAGAGCCCCUCUGGAGAAAGCUGCCAUAGGCAGAUGCCAGAGCACCCCCGGGUUGGUGGAGUCGCGAGGCCGGAUAUCGCUGGAGGACAUGUGGGUGUCACCCCUGGACUUCAAGACCCACGCGUACUCGACGGCCGCCUCGUUGUUUUCGCCGAGCCCGAGCCCGCCGGCGACGGCGCGCCACAUGCAGAGUUUAGGGGGCACCUUGGGCGACGCGAACUUACCCCGGGGUGAGAGCCCGACCAGCGCGGUCAGCAGCGGACCCAGCAGCGAGGAGCCGACAACCAGGGCGCCGCAAUCGGCCACGCAACCCUCCACCGGUAGGCUCUCCACCCACUCCGGUAUGACCUGCAACAGUAUGACUCAGCUGGUGAGCGAGGGCACGACACCUUUGUUCGGCAACGAGGCUCUGCUGUCGGAGAUUCAGCGUCUGCGCGAGCGUUUGAAAUGUUUGGAGACCGAGAACGCGGCGAUGAGCGUGAAGCUGAAUCAGCAGCAGUGGGAGGUCGAGCACCGGCUGGCCGAAAUCGAGAUGCAGAUCUGCGGGGCGAGCUCGACCUCGAGCGUCGAGGACAACAAUGAAAGGAACCGAGAGAGGCACAACGCUGAUGAUCAAGAGAAGCCGGAUGACACUAGGGUCUUGAGCGAUUCAAAGUCGAUCGGUAGCUUGAGCCAGCACCUGUUCGACAGCGACGAGGAGGAGCAUUACUACGGUACCUGUAACGGCUACGACUCGCAACCCGGUAGCAAGUCGAAUCUGCUGCUGUGCAGCGAGUGCGAUCAGAAGACGCGUCCCUGCACCUACCGACCACCACAAACACCUGGCUCGCACGCCGGUCGAUACGUCGAGGAGCGUAUGGACGAUCAUCGGCAUCAGGAACCAGGAACCUCUCGUGCCUACAGAAGCCCGGUGAAGCUGACCUCCCCACGCUCGUCCCACCAAACGUCGGAUCAAGAUCGCGUGGCUCAGCAAAUGUCGUCGCCCCGAUCCCACCACGAGUCCGAGCAAACGGUAACGUCACCUCGAUCCUACAGGACGCAGGACCUGCAUCAGCGCGGAUGGACCGCCAGGGACACGGACGAUCGAGGUGACGCCAACAGAGACCGCGACGAGAGCCCGAUCUGCGAGCUCUGCCGAGGUAACGGCUACGUCGUCGUGCACUGCGAGCACUGCGACUUCUCCAGCGAGGGCGACCUGAUCUGCUUCCGCUGUCAGAGCGACGAGGGCUCGUCCAACGGUCAGAUCUGUCCGCGCUGCGAGCGAGAGGGCGGAAUCGCCUCGAGCCUCGCCGGCGAAUCUGGUGGCACGACAGGCGCGACGACGUCUUCCAGUGACGAGGGUAACAGCAGGUAUCCGGUGGACGCCGUGGUGAAGAUCCAGGUGAACGAUCGGACGAUCGACGUCGACUCCGACGAGACCCCCGAGAGCGAGAGCUCGAGCAACCAUCUACCCCAGCGAGGUAUGAUGGAGAGGCUCGACACCAUCGUCGAGACGAAGGGCGACACUGCCAGCGAGAACGACGAGGAAAACGGCGGCGGCGGCACAAAGCUCAACGGUACCACUAGCGCCAGAUAUCUCAAUUAUAUGAUCGUGCUGUUCCUGUAAAUAGACGAUAUUAUAAGGAUAGAUGCGACCGGGCCGCGGCCUGUGACUUGCGGGAUAAAAUUGAGAAAGGAUCGUCUCGUUGUUGCUUAUGGAAUGGCAAUUUUCUUCAUUAAGAGGAUGCUGAUUAGGUCUGUUUUUUAUCGACAAAUAUUAUUUUCAUUUAACGCUUUAUUAGCUAU